ACAGUGCUUUUACAUAAAACACACUCACUAUGAACAGACUGACUGAAAGAAUAACAAUCAUUGUGUUAUUUUCUGUAUAUUCAUUCUCUCUACUCAGGGGACUCAGAGACAAAAAAAAAGUUCAGAUUACAGAGAUUAGGAAUUGUCAAAAACACCUCAACAUUAUUGUUUCAUGCAGGGAUUUUCCCCCCAAGAACCAUUGGGAUGAAGGACGUGUUUUUGAGAGAUUUCAUUGGAAGACAGGAAAAUGAAAGGCAUGGAGGAGGGGGUUCUCAGCGCUGUCGGUGCAUAGGAAAACCUUAUAAAACAGUCAACCCUAGAUCCAUUCAGGCAGUUGAUGUGUUUCAACCAAGUCCAUCCUGCUCAAACAAAGAGAUUAUAUUGACGGUCGUGGAAGGGAGGGGAAAAACAAAAGGAAAGGGAAGCAGAAAGAGGUCAAAGGUGUGUUUGGAUCCUAACGGGAAACAAGGACAGAGGCUACUGAAGGGCAGAUGGGGGAAAAAGCAAAACCAAAGGAACAGAGGAAAAAAGGAGAAGAAUAAAGUUUGACCGAAGAGAUGUCAUGUGAUUUUUCCCUCCUCCGCGUGAUGUCACAACAUAUGAUUUUAAAGACAUUUACACUCAGAUGUGUUUCCCUUUCUUUUUAUGUUUUGUGAUCUUUAAACAUUUGUAUGAUUCAACUGUUGAGAUAUGGUAUAUGUAUAUGUAAUUGGUCUGACCUAUUGCCAAUGAAUGUUUUAUGUCAGUAAUCUUAAUUAAGAAAGCACUGUGUCCACAAUUACAACAUUUUUUACUAUUUUCACCAGUUCGUUUUUAUAGAAAGUAUUAUCCUAAUCCAUUAAUUGUGUGUAUGCUGUGCCCAUUAAAACAAUAAAUAUAGUUUUAUAAUUCC